CCCUCCACCUUCAUCAUCAUCAUCAUCCUCAUCAUCACCACCAGCCGGCAACAAGUGGUUGCACCGCCCGCCCGGCUCGACCCGGCUCGGCUCGCAGCGACGCACACCGGCGACUUGCUCUUCCUCUUCCUCUGCGGCCGCCGGGUGUUCGCUGGGUUCCGCGCGCGGUGCGGCCCUGCGCGCUGCCGGCGGGGCGGAGCGCGGCAGGAGCGGCAGGCAGCAGCAGGUGGGCGGUGUCUACAGAUCAGCUGACAGCAGGUGAACCGAGAGGCUACUCGCCGCCGGACCCUUCUCCCGCCUCCUCCGUCCCUCUUGAGCUGCUGUGGGUUCGUCUGGAAAGAAAAAUGAGCGCCUACAACGUGAUGCUGCCCGGCCCUGGGCCCUGGGGCUUCAGGCUGCAGGGGGGCAAGGACUUCAACAUGCCGCUGACCAUCUCCAGGAUCACUCUGGGCAGCAAGGCGGCGCAGGGGAACCUGAUCCAGGGAGACGUCAUCGUCGCCAUCGACGGCGUCGGCACCGACGGGAUGACGCACCUGGAGGCGCAGAACAAGAUCAAGAUGGCCAACUACAACCUGACGCUCACCAUGUCCAAGCCGAAGCGUCCCGCGCCGAUGCCGGCACCGAGGAUGGACGCCGCUAUUCCCAUGAUCCCUCACCAACAGGUUUUCUCCCCCGCUCCUCCCAACCCCGGCUUCAACCCCGCCGUGCUGAAGGACUCCGCCCUCAUCACCCAAAGGCCCAUAGAGGUGAAGGGCCCCGGCGGUAAGGCCACGAUCAUCCACGCCCAGUACAACACGCCCAUCAGCAUGUACUCGCAGGACGCCAUCAUGGACACCAUCGCCGGACAGACGCAGACCAGGGGGCACGAGGGCGGUAGCGUCCCAGUUAAAGAUCGUCUCGUAGACAGCGCCUCCCCGGUCUAUCAGGCCGUUCAGAGCGCGGAGAAGGACCCGGACGUGGGCGAGUGGGGCCAGCGCAGCGCCAACAUGCAGUCCAAGACCUUCCGGGUCCUGGCCCACGUGACGGGAACCGAGUCCGCAGCGGAGGACGAGCAGCAGGAGGCGCUGAGGAGGAGCAGUCCUACUGAGCAUGCUCCAACUUGCGCCGGCUCCGCCUCUGCCGCGGCCCCUGUUAUCGCCGCAGUGCAACCUCCGGAUCACGCCCCCCGUUCACCUGACCACGCCCCUCGCAGCCAGUACGUUCAGCCUCCCGCCAUGCAUCAGGCUCCACAGGCCCCGCCCCCGCAGCAGUACCAGCCAAUCCCGCAGCAGUACCAGCCAAUCCCGCAGCAGUACCAGCCGAUGCCGCAGCAGUGCCAGCCAAUCCUGCAGCAGUACCAUCAGCCCCCCACGCAACACGCCCCACCCACUCAGCAGAGCUCCAUUCAGAUCCCUCUUGGCUCCGCCCCUCCCAAGGUGGUUAGCACCGCCUGCAUCUACCCCUCCCAACCUGCUCCGGCCCCGGCUCCUGUCCCUCCUCAGCCCCGCCCUCAAGCCGCCGCACCGGCCCCGCCUCCUCCGGCGGUGGCGGCGGCUGAUGCCUCUGCCAACCGACCGCCCUGGGUGAGCGACACCAACUUCGCCGAUAAGUUCGACCCUGGUAAGACCACCACCACGUCCGUGAAGGUGCCGCCCCUGCCCCAGGCCGCCCCUCCUCCGCUGGCAUACAUCCCCAACCACUCCCCUGCUGCACCUGCAGCUCACACCCCCGCCCCCAUCACCCCUAGCCCCGCCCCGUUCCCUCCAGUGGCGAGGGGCGUGGCCCAGAGGGCGGAGAGGUUCGCCGCCGGCAGCCGAACACCUUUGUGCGGAGCCUGCAACAGCAUCAUCAGGGGCCCCUUCCUCGUGGCCCUCGGCCGCUCUUGGCACCCGGAGGAGUUUAACUGUCACUACUGCCACAUGUCUCUGGCGGACGUCAGCUUCGUGGAGGAGCAGAACAGCGUUUACUGUGAGAACUGCUACGAGGAAUUCUUCGCCCCGACCUGCGCUCGCUGCAGCACCAAGAUCAUGGGGGAAGUGAUGCACGCCCUGCGGCAGACGUGGCACACCACCUGCUUCGUGUGCGCCGCCUGCGGCCAAGCUUUCGGAAACAGCCUGUUCCACAUGGAGGACGGAGAACCGUACUGCGAGAAAGAUUAUAUCGCUCUCUUCAGCACCAAGUGUCACGGCUGUGACUUCCCCGUGGAGGCAGGUGAUAAGUUCAUCGAGGCUCUGGGUCACACCUGGCACGACACCUGCUUCGUCUGCGCGGUUUGCCAUGUGAACCUGGAGGGACAACCCUUCUACUCCAAGAAGGACAAACCUCUGUGCAAGAAGCACGCCCACGCCAUCAACGUGUAGAGACGCCCGCCGCCUUUGGACCCGCCGCCGCCGCCGCCGCCGCCUGCACCGACGAACUUAAGACAACAACUUUUUCACAUGUGUGUAAAAUGCUCUUAAUGCAAAAUACACUUUGGUUUGAGACUUUUUUUUCUUUUUGGGUGCAUUAAUGUUCAUGUUUGAAACGACGCUGCCUGAUCAAUCUGCUGAAUCACUAACAGGAACUUCUACAAAAACAAAGUCGGGAUGUUUUCUCUUCACUUCAUUUUGUACCGUAGAUUUAUUAUGAUCACGUUUUCUACCGGAGACGAGCUGGAGUCAAAGUGACAAAGUUUAUAUGGAGUCUGGAGUGUGUCAAAUGACGUGUGUAGACUGUGUCACUAUUUAGUUAUAAUCAGAUAAUAUAUUGAUAAAUACAUCUUAUAUAUGUGUGAAUACUGCUUAUAUGUUACUAAAUUAAUAAUUCAAUAAAAAAGCAUGAUAUAUUAUAAAUAUAAUAAAGUAAUUUUAUAAAGUAUCAUGAGAAUAUUUCUUUCUAUUAUUUUUAAAUUACUAUUUAUUAUUUAUAGACAAAAUAAGGUUUUAAUUUUUUUGAGAUAGGAUUACUAUUAUUAAGUGAAUAAUUUUUUUUCUUUUUUUCUUUUGAAAUCUUUCAAAUUAGAUUUUGAAUGAAUUUGCUUAAACUGCUGUUUUUUCUAAAUUUACACAUUAAGAAAUUGUUUGAUAAUCAAUCACAGAAUAAUUCUGUAGUUAUUCCAGUGACACACUCGAGACUCCACAGAUUUUUAAACUUCUCCAGAAUAUUGUUCUCAUCAUAUCUUGGACUUGUCUUGCUCAUGUGCCUAUUUUCACUCUGUGAAAAUGAUUAAUGUUUGGUUCAUCUUGAAAUGAAAGUCGACGACGACUACGACAGUGAAGAA